AGUACUUGUGAAAACCUUCAAAUUUGCUCAAUGCUGGACUUGAGGACAGGAGCAGCAUUUCGUUGAUUAGCACAAAUCGCCUUUGCAGGUCACUGAACGCUCAUCGCUCCAUUAUUUUUUUUCUCGCUUGGACGGAACCUGGUGUUUCUCCCGCCGUCCUCCGCUCAACAAGCAUCCGUUCCUGCAUUGCUAACGGCUCCACAUGGGCCGCUCCCUGUUAAAGCAGGCGGCUCGCCUAACGCUCCUAAUCCUGCUCUCAGCCUCCAUCGCAAAUGCUUUACUCUGCCCAAACUUCCAAUGCGGCGAGGGACUAUUCACGCUAGGGAAAUUCUUAGAUCCAAACACGCCGUCGGAUGUCUUUCUCGAGCCAAGUGACCCUCUGGUGGAGGCGUAUUUCUUUCCGGGGCAGAUGUACAACUACAACCAGUACAACAUCUUCGACGAAAUGCUUAGCGAUCCGUACACCGACUGUUACAGGUUCUGCGCGGGUUACAACUCGAAGCUGCCGGCCGACGCGACGAUCGACUCGAAGGCCAAGUACUGGAUGUUCGAAGAGACGUGCGUCGACGGGAAUGGAGGAAUCUGCGCGUGCUAUAACGCGUACAGGUGCAAGGACGAGACCAGCUUCACGGACGACUGGAUGCAGCCGGCGCGCGGCGACAUGGCGACGGACGACUACGAGGUGCCGGCUAACUUCACAGUUGGCGCGCUGUGCCUCGCCGUCGAGAAGGGCGACCCGCACUUCACGGGCGCCGACGGCUCGCACUUCGACUUCUCCGGCCUCCCAAACCACCACUUCGCGCUUAUCUCCGACGCGCACUUGCAGGUCAACGGCUACUUCGGCGGGCGCUUCGGCGCGUGGGGCAACACGACCAAGGCGCUGACGUGGAUCCGAUCCCUCGGGAUCAUGUUCGGCCACCACACCGCCGUGCUUCACGCGCGUAACGGCUCAUCCGCCGACUACGGAAACGGCUACUUGGGCCACGUGACGGUUAACGACCGGCCGGUUAGGGUACCGGCGCCGGGACUGAGCGUUGCGCUUUGGCCGGGCGCGUCGCUGCGGUGGGUGAACGCGCGGCUCCGGAGCGGGAACGACCUUGUAGACGUAUACGAUCUGCUUAUAGCGGAUAUGGGCACGCUGCGGUUGACACUGCGGCCGGAGGUGAAGAAUCUCCGCACGGGCGACGAUGGCGUGGUGCACUUCGGUAUAGAUGUGUUGGGCGCGACGUUCUCGUCCGCCGUGCACGGCGUGCUGGGGCAGACGUUCCGACCGGACUUCCAGGGACGGCUGGCGUCCCAGGACCUCAAGUACAACCCUCUGCUGCGCGCCAAUGCAGUGCCGGGGGACAACGCGGAGGGGUUCAUAGACGGAACCGUGGAGGACUAUCUGGUGUCGGGCCUCCUAAAAUCCGACUGCCGCUUCUGCCGCUUCUCGCGCUCGCCCGAGAUGUCAGUUUCCAGGGUUAUAAUAAGUAGAGUGCAGCAUGGAUGGUGAAGUCCAGCAUGCUUUCAGCAUGCCCUGAGAGGUGAAUAUUCUUGACUGAUCCGGGCAGGAUGCUCACCCCAAUAAGGAUACACUUCAUGC